AGGAGACCCCGCGCAGCGAGGCCACUGUUCUCCCCGGUUGCGGGGCGUAAGCGGCGCCGACCCGGGGCGCCAGGGGGACCCACCGGGCGGAGGAGGGGGCCUAUCUACCCUUCCGCAUUUUCCUGGGUCUCUCUCCCGGGCGGUGACGUGACGUGCUGACGGCGGGCCCGUGCCGGGGAGCUGGGCCGCUUUUUGUCAGCUCCGAGCUCGGCCCCUCCUCCCUCCCUCCGCCCGCCCCACCAGCCGGAGCCCGGCCCAGUGCUCCAGAGAAAGGCCGGCCUGCAGCACCCGCCACCGUCGCCGACCGCCCGCACGCCCGUCCGUUUUCGGCAGACACAACAUCUUUGUUUGUAUGUGGUGCUGAGGAUCGAACCCAGGCCACACGCAUGCCAGGCGAGCGCGCUACCACUUGAGCCACAUCCCCAGCCCCUGAAAGCAUUUCUAUAUAUGUAAGGAGCUGUGACUGAUGAGAAUUAAAGGCCAUGGAUGAAGAUGGACUUGAAUUACAACCACAAGAGCCAAACUCAUUUUUUGAUGCAACAGGAGCUGAUGCAACACACAUGGAUGGUGAUCAAAUUGUUGUGGAAGUACAAGAAACUGUUUUUGUGUCAGAUGUUGUGGAUUCAGACAUAACUGUGCAUAACUUUGUUCCUGAUGACCCUGACUCAGUUGUAAUUCAAGAUGUUAUUGAGGACGUUGUUAUAGAAGAUGUUCAAUGCCCAGAUAUCAUGGAAGAAGCAGAUGUAUCAGAAACCGUCAUCAUUCCUGAGCAAGUGCUGGACUCAGAUGUAACUGAAGAAGUUUCUUUAGCACAUUGCACAGUUCCAGAUGAUGUUUUAGCUUCUGACAUUACUUCAGCCUCAAUGUCUAUGCCAGAACACGUCUUGACAAGUGAAUCUAUACAUGUGUCUGACGUUGGGCAUGUUGAACAUGUGGUUCAUGAUAGUGUUGUAGAAGCAGAAAUAGUCACUGAUCCUCUGACCACCGAUGUAGUUUCAGAAGAAGUAUUGGUAGCAGACUGUGCCUCCGAAGCAGUCAUAGAUGCCAACGGGAUCCCUGUGGACCAGCAAGAUGAUGACAAAAGCAACUGUGAGGACUACCUUAUGAUUUCCUUGGAUGAUGCUGGCAAAAUAGAACAUGACGGUUCAUCUGGAAUGACUAUGGAUGCAGAGUCAGAAAUUGAUCCUUGUAAAGUGGAUGGCACUUGUCCUGAAGUCAUCAAGGUGUACAUUUUUAAAGCUGACCCUGGAGAGGAUGACUUAGGUGGAACCGUAGACAUUGUGGAGAGUGAGCCUGAGAAUGAUCAUGGAGUUGAACUGCUUGAUCAGAACAGCAGUAUUCGUGUUCCCAGGGAAAAGAUGGUUUAUAUGACUGUCAAUGACUCUCAGCAAGAAGAUGAAGAUUUAAAUGUUGCUGAAAUUGCUGAUGAAGUUUAUAUGGAAGUGAUCGUAGGAGAGGAGGAUGCGGCAGCGGCAGCAGCUGCUGCUGCUGUGCAUGAACAGCAAAUGGAUGACAAUGAAAUCAAAACCUUCAUGCCAAUUGCAUGGGCAGCAGCUUAUGGUAAUAAUUCUGAUGGAAUUGAAAACCGGAAUGGCACUGCAAGUGCCCUCUUGCACAUAGAUGAGUCUGCUGGCCUCGGCAGACUGGCUAAGCAAAAACCAAAGAAAAGGAGAAGACCUGAUUCCAGGCAGUACCAAACAGCAAUAAUUAUUGGCCCUGAUGGACAUCCCUUGACUGUCUACCCUUGCAUGAUUUGUGGGAAGAAGUUUAAGUCGCGAGGUUUCUUGAAAAGGCACAUGAAAAACCAUCCUGAACAUCUUGCCAAGAAGAAGUACCGCUGUACUGACUGUGAUUACACUACCAACAAGAAGAUAAGUUUACACAAUCACUUGGAGAGCCACAAGCUGACCAGCAAGGCAGAGAAGGCCAUCGAGUGCGAUGAGUGUGGCAAGCAUUUCUCUCAUGCUGGGGCUUUGUUUACUCACAAAAUGGUGCAUAAGGAAAAAGGAGCCAACAAAAUGCACAAGUGUAAAUUCUGUGAAUAUGAGACAGCUGAACAAGGAUUAUUGAAUCGCCACCUUUUGGCAGUCCACAGCAAGAACUUUCCUCAUAUUUGUGUAGAAUGCGGUAAAGGUUUUCGGCACCCAUCAGAGCUCAAAAAGCACAUGCGAAUCCAUACUGGCGAGAAGCCGUACCAAUGCCAGUACUGCGAAUAUAGAUCUGCAGACUCUUCUAACUUGAAAACACAUGUAAAAACUAAGCAUAGUAAAGAGAUGCCGUUCAAGUGUGACAUUUGUCUUCUGACUUUCUCAGAUACCAAAGAGGUGCAGCAACAUGCUCUUAUCCACCAAGAAAGCAAAACACACCAGUGUUUGCAUUGUGACCACAAGAGUUCGAACUCAAGUGAUUUGAAGCGACACAUAAUUUCAGUUCACACGAAGGACUACCCCCAUAAGUGUGACAUGUGUGAUAAAGGCUUUCACAGGCCUUCGGAACUCAAGAAACAUGUGGCUGCCCACAAGGGUAAAAAAAUGCAUCAGUGUAGACAUUGUGACUUUAAGAUUGCAGAUCCGUUUGUGCUAAGUCGCCAUAUUCUUUCGGUUCACACAAAGGACCUUCCAUUUAGGUGUAAGAGGUGUAGAAAGGGAUUUAGGCAACAGAAUGAGCUUAAAAAGCAUAUGAAGACACACAGUGGCCGAAAAGUGUAUCAGUGUGAGUACUGUGAGUAUAGCACUACAGAUGCCUCAGGCUUUAAACGGCACGUUAUUUCCAUUCAUACGAAAGACUAUCCUCAUCGCUGUGAGUACUGCAAGAAAGGUUUCCGAAGACCUUCAGAAAAGAACCAGCACAUAAUGCGACAUCACAAAGAAGUUGGCCUGCCCUAACGAUACAUCUACAGACGUUUGUAGAGAUACUGGCCUUGAAGCAGGAAAUUCAUUUUAAAGCCAAUCAGUCUUGUUCACUUACAAUACUGUAUAUUGAUUUAUGCUGUGUACAAAUAGAGUUAUUGCUUCUAGUUGACUUUUUUUUUUUUUUUUAACAUUUUGUUCAAUAGCGUGUUCUGAAUUCUAUUCAGUUUGUUUAAUAAAUGGGGAAAAGUAGCAACAAGUUAGUUGCUUUUAAUAAAGUAAUCCCUGGUUCUAUACUGAAUUUUUCUAUCUUAGAAGUUUUAUAUUUAUUUAAAUAAUUACCUUGCCUACCUUGAUGGUACUCUUCUAAGAUCUUUUAACUUAAGGUAACUUUAGAUUGGUAACUCUGAAAGUAUUCAUGUUGACUCAUUUUCUUUUUCCCCAUAAAUUUCUCACAAUAAAAUUGUCAGAGACAUUGAAUACGAAUGGGAGAUUUUACAGUCAAGUCUAAUGAUCACAACAUGGAAGUGUUUACUUGUCUUGUUUAGUAUUUUCAGACCAUAUGACAAGGAAAGUUUCCUUUUGAGCUUUUGCGUCCCUGGCAUAGCUGAGUUAAGAAUAGUGGCUGGGUUUGUGUUUACUUUUCAUUUUGUUUAAAAGACAAAAUAUACUUCUUUUUGGCUUUCUUUGGACUAUUUACAUCUUUUGUUAGCAUAGCAAACUUUUAGAAAACUUUAUUGAAAAAUUUUGCUUGUUCCUGUUGUAUUUUGAUUAUUCUGUCUGUGCUGCUUUGUCUUGGAAUGGUUGUGUGCUACAAAUGAAAUUUACUGAGAACUGCAUUUUGGAAUCUCCUAGAGGUAACUUGCGGCUCAUAGGAUCUUUUGCAACUUUAUAUAUGUAAAUGUACCCUGAAUUAUAUAUAUAUACAUAUAUAUAACAUGUAUCUGUGUGUAUUGCUUAUUUUACAUAUUUAUACACACAACCCCAAGUAGUAUUUGUUUAAAAUCUAUAAUGAAAAGUAUUAAUUAAAUUUACAAUAACAUGAAAGAUCCAGGGAUGCAUGAGAGAGCAUUUUGUAAGUCAUGCUCUUCAGAGAGAUUACUCAGGUGAAGAAUUAGAAGGAAAAUAAGGACACUAGUAUUUUUAAAGAGUAAAGGUAUUUUCUUUUAAAUAUCUUUGGUAAUUGAAAAAUAAUUGAAAAAAUAGAGGUUAAGAUGUUUUUAGAUAGAAUGUUUUCAUACAGUUUCAGCUCCAUGCCUUUAUAUUUUUCUGAAAAGCUAAUGAAUAUCCAGACGUGACUCCCUCAGUUCUCUCUGAGAAGCUGGAGAGAGAGCUCUGUCUCACCAAGUGAGGGGGGGGGGACAGAGAAGAAGAGAUGGCUCCAUGGACCAGAGAACGGGUGCUAAUUAUGACUUACACUUGGCAAGUUCAGCCUGCUUUGUUAGUUCUUAGACAGUUAAAGUUAGCAAACUUUUAAAAAACUUAACACUCAAGUUGGCUUAGGUUAGAAGAUAGAGGUGUGUUCCAAGUACAUAAGGAAAGUUUGAGGCCUUAUUUGGAACUUCACCAAGUCUUUCAGUUUUGUUUUUCUUUGAGAGUUGGCAGUUUUUAACAUGUAGGUCUGAAUCAGAGUCAUAACGUUUAUAAAAUGAAUUUGGUUAAUUAGAAUUUAGUUAUAUUAAGAUGACUCUUGGAGAACAGAAAACAGUUUGGGGGGGGGCUAGAAUUGGCUGUUGACACAUGGAUCUGGCACAUCAUGGGAAAUUUAGAAAUUUUCUUCCCAUUUGAUAGCUGCCUUGCUGCCUCAUUAUGGUGCUCCAUCCCCUUUGUGCCGUUAGGUUUUUACCUUUCAUCUUUCUCUUUGCCAUCCAUAUUUGUAUUCAAGAGUUAUAUUUUUAGGGUUAGGAAUCUAAAUAUUUGGUGUUUGGCAAGCCCCUGAAGUGUGAGAUUGAUUUAGGCUAGUUCUAAAUCAAGUGCUUUAGGCUCAUGUGAACUCCAGCCUAAAUGCCAGUCAAAGCCAAGGCAUAGGUUCCCCUAGCCGGCUCCAUAGGGAAUGCCUAUACCCCUUUGGCCCCCACAGUAUGUUUGUUUUUUUUUUUAAAGUAACUUACAAUUCUGUCAUUCAUUGCCCUACUAUUCUUGAAAGCUCUGUCUGUUUUUUUGUGAGAACCUUUAAAAUCUCCCUUAAUUUUUAUUUUCCCCAGAAAUAAUGUAAAACACUUAAAAUAGAAAUUUAUUAAUUUUAAAACAUCCUGUAAAAUUAUUACAGAAAAUAUAAAUGAUUGGGUCACUUAACUAUAUUUUUUUAAAUAAACUGAAAGAUAAAGAACACAACACUUUACACACUUUAUAUUUCUCUUUACAUAAUCUGGAUUCAUACACAUUUCUUUUCUUUUUAAAGCACAAUAUUGAAGCCUUUAAAAGGUAUUUAAGGGUUUGGUCAAGUGAAUAUAAAAUGUAUUUGUCUGUAUAAAGAGAAAAUGAAAUUGUAGUCACUGUUAUGUACUGACAUUAGUUACAACCUAGUUUUAAUUCUUAAAACAAUUUGAUUAGCAAAGCUAAAAAAAAUGGAUGUUUCAGUUAAAUGUUUUAAAGAGGUACAGAUUUUUACAAGGACAUAAUAUAAGUUAUUGUUCUGUAGAAAUAUCCUAUUAAAUAUUGUAUGUCCCUCCCUCUGUAUACUUUGUAAAAAAAGUAAAAUACAUAAAAAGGAAAUCAUAUAGGGAUGUGUGACAUUAUUGUAAUUGUGUACUUGAGAAUAACGUGCAAAAAUAAAAAUCAGAAUAUUUUCCUGUUAAUGAAUGUUUAGUCUAUUUGAUACCAGUACUAAGUUAAUGCUUUUUCUUAAGGAAAAAAAAAAUGUACAGUUUUUGUAAACCUAAUAAACAUCAAAAGCAGUGGAUUAUUUUCAUCCCCCCAUUUCUUAAUUCCCUUUUAUGCAGCAAUGGAAUGCAAAAUGCUUGAUUGCUUUGAAUUUUGUGACUCGGAUGCAAAUACUGAUAAUAUUUCAGUCCUGUGAAUUUGCAAGUAAUAUUUCAGAGAAGUUAAGAGGUGAUUGGUGAGUCCUUUGAUGAGCAUGUCCUUGAAAUUCAUUUUUUCUUUUAUCUUUAUAAAGGAUUUGUUUUAUUUUCAUCUCCAGUUCCCCUGAGAUAAAUUACCCAUGCAUAAAGUGGGUUUUGAGAGCACUUAAAGUUCAUUUCAGUAUCAAUCCACUGCACAUUUAAUCAGUGGGGACUGUUAACCACUCCACUACAGAAGCCCUGCCCUUGAGUUACCUCUCUGUGCCCAGUUUGGAAGGCUCUAGUAGAUGUUGACACAGUACGGGAUGGUCAUUGUCAUAGGAAAAAUCAAAAGUUAGGUAAAAGUUCUCAGAAAUCAAAAAAGAUUUGUGUCACCUUUGAUUUUAAAGAUGAGAUUCUGCAGUUCUUCAACUGUAGGAGCAACGUGUUGACCUAAUAGAUGAAACAGUAAACCACCAACACCAAAACUUGAGGUAAAUGAUGAAGAGAAUGUGGUGACCAUCACUGUCCAGAGCCAUAAAUCCAAUAAAACCAGACCAUGCUGUCAAAAACUUUGUUUUAAUAGAGUGCCUGAAAAUUGGCAUCUAACCCAACUGUGAUCCUUGCUAGUCAGGUAAUAUGCUGCUCUAUUCUCUGAGAAUCUUAGUAUUAGCAAUUUCCUUUAUUUCCCACAAAUUCUAGGAUUUAUGUAGGGAGAAGCAUAACCAGUCAAAACCUUAAAAGGGGUUAUCUUUCAGAGCAAUGGCUUCUAAAGUAUGACUCAGCAGCAUUGGCAGAAUGGUUCACUUGGGACCUUGUUAAAGAUGCAAAUUCUCAGCCCCACCCCAGACCCCUUGGAUUGGGAAACUGGGUGUGGGCCCAGUGAUCUGUGUUAUAACAUGUUCCCUAUGUGAUUCUGUUGCAUACUCAAGUUUGGAAAACACUAUUUUAGAGCACUUGAGGAACUUAAAGGAUCGCUGGCAUAACAUUUUGGGUGGUAGAUGAGAAAAUCACAAAAACAAAGCAACCAGAAAUGAAUGGUGAAGGUGAAAUAGGACCCAGAGUUUCCUACUUUCAGUUUACCAUUAAGGUGUGAGGCUGCCAGUAAGUAUAUUCUUUAGUGCGCAUGUAAAUAGACAACAUUUCCUAAAUAUUCUAAGCCCUUCCCCCAAAGUUUGCAUUCUUCAAAGAUAAAUUGAAUUCAGAGGAAAAUUUGGCAAGUAAGAGCAAAAGGUUUUUAAAAGUUGUGUGUGUAUGUGUGCGUGUGUAUUUAAUUGGCCCAGGGUUACUUAAGUAAUUCGUAUCCAAAAUUCAUUUUGCUGAAUUCUGCAGCUUUUUAGAUAAGGUCAAAAUUAAGUUUGCCCUAUGAAUUUUACUUGUUUUAUCUUUUGUUUCGUGUAUAUAUUGUUUGCCUUUUUCAUAAAAUAAUUCUUGAAUUGUUAUAUAUUGUUCUGUUAUUUUUGACAUCUUUGCUAUCGUUGUAAAUAAAUUACUAUUUUGUUUUAAGUUA